AUGCCAGGUACGCAAAAAAAAGUUUUGACUAAUUUGACAAUCAACGAAUUGAAGGAACGGCUGCGCGUUCGUGAUUUGCCCGUUACGGGAAACAAGAACGAACUUAUCGCGCGACUUUUACGUGCGAAUCCGGGCAUUGAGAUUGUGGAGGUACGGGAUGGCGAGGAGGCCGCGCGUGUUGCGUCGCCGACGGACGAAGAUCGACGAGGAAGCCGAGGAGCAGAAAUGCUUGGAGAUGCCGACAAUGUGCGGGACGAAAUGGAGCUCCUUCGAUUGGAGCGGGAGCUUUUGCGACGAGAGAUAGAAAUUGUGCGGCGUGAGCGAGACCUGCAGACGUCGCCUUCCGAAAGCACGUCUACGGUGCAAUCAACACUCGGUAUUAAGACAAUUGCCGAUCUUUUAGCCGAGUUCUCAGGUGAGAAAGACGACUUUCGAAAUUGGAAGCAACAAUUGGAGCUCUUACGAGAAACCUAUCGCUUGGAUGCCAUCAGAAUUUUGAUAGGCUUACGGUUGCGAGGGAAAGCGUCGAAAUGGUUUCAUUCGAAGCCGGAUCAUUUGCGAAUGUCAGCGACGAAACUUUUGAGUGCAAUGGGCGAUAUGUUUGACCAUCGCCCGAAUAAGCUAUCAUUACGAAGGGAAUUUGAAGGUCGCUUGUGGUGCAAGGGUGAACCUUUUUCCGAUUAUUUCUUUGACAAAAUAACUUUGGCAAAUAAGAUCACAAUUGAUCCGAAGGAAUUAGUCGAUCUCGUGAUAGAUGGUAUUCCGGACGCCCGAUUGCGAGACCAGGCAAGAAUGAACCGCUACGAGGACACGAAAGAUAUUUUAGAAGCCUUUAAAAAAAUUACUCUUUACGAAUCGAAGAACGAUCGGCACCGCCGAGAUGUUGGGAAGCCGACGAAGCCGACGAGGAGGGGGGACACGAUCCGCCCUGGAGAAGUUCGUUGUUUUAACUGUAACGAGAGUGGCCACCUUAAGAAAGACUGCACAAAGCCAUCUCGUGAAUGGGGUUCCUGUUAUAAUUGUGGCAGCCUGGAACAUCGCGUAAGGGAUUGCACGCGGAUUCGAUCGGCAACGAGUAUUCGAGCGCGAGAGGCUUCAAGACCGACGGAAACAUCGAGGCCGCUAGAGACCUCAACUCAUCUCAUUCAGCCAACGUGCCCAGAAAUUCCGUUUAUGGUGCCUGUUUCUUUUAUGAUUCCGGUUGACGAUCGUAGGGAUAAGCAUUUUGUAAUUAGCGCUAUGAUUGAUUCGGGGUCGCCCGUGAGUUUGAUCAGGGUGGGUUUGCUGUCUAACGGUUCGUAUGACGUAGAAUCAUCGCAGAAUCGCACGUAUCUCGGCAUGAAUCAAUCGCCACUACAGAUUUUAGGUGUUUUUGAGAGAAUCGUUGAUGUCAAUGGUAUUUUAAUAAACAUUAAAUUUCUUGUUGUCCCAAAUGAAAUGAUGUCGCACGCUGCGAUACUUGGUCGCGAUUAUAUGCUAUCACCGUUGAUUAAGGUUACUCUAGGUCACGAAUAUAAGAUCGAAAAAAGUAAUGACACCGUCGAAAAUGAAACAGAUGAUUUUGUCGGUGAUAUUAUGCAAAUUGAUGUUGUUAACACAGCUGAAAACGCAAUGGAAAGUUUAAAUAUUAAUUCGGAAAUAGAUUUAGAGACGGCUGAGACAUUAACAAAAAUGUUUUACUGCGAAAAAGAUGCGUCUGGCGAUUCUGAGUUUUCGACCGGUAACGUGGAGUUGACGAUUAAGCUCGCGGAUGAUCGACCAAUCGCUUUUCGGCCCCGUCGCUUAGCUUUUUGUGAAAAAGAGAAAUUACGCGAAAUUUUGAACGAUUUAGAACUUAAUAAAAUAACGGUAAAAGAGAAUUUUCCGACACCAAACAUCGAUGAUUGUAUUGAUCAAUUACGUGAGAAAAGAUAUUCUACAAAACUCGAUUUAAAGAGUGGAUUUCAUCAUGUCAAGGUCGCCGAAUCGUCAAUAAAAUUCACUUCGUUCGUCACCCCGAUAGAGCAGUUCGAGUAUUUACGAAUGCCUUUCGGCCUUACAAACGCACCACGAGUUUUCCAGCGAUUCGUUGAUUCGAUAUUCCGUGAUUUACUCGAUGGAAAUCAGAUUUUAACAUAUUUGGAUGACAUUUUAAUAGCUACGGAAACAAUUGGCGAGCAUCUUUCCAUCGUUGAGAAAGUUUUCCGAUUAGCGAGGAAAAAUGGUUUGUGUUUUCGCUUAGAUAAAUGUUCAUUUCUCUAUCGAGAGGUUACGUAUCUCGGUUAUUUGAUCAACGAAUCUGGAGUUCGUCCUAGCCAGGAGGGUGUUAAAUCCGUGUUGGAGUAUCCGAUCCCGCAUAACGUAAAGGAAACACAGCGUUUUGUAGGCCUUGCGAGUUAUUUUAGACGGUUUAUUCCAAAAUUUUCGGUUAUAGCAAAACCGCUUUAUGAUUUGUUAAGAAAAAACGCAACAUUCCGUUUUGGUCAGGAGGAAAACGAUACAUUUCUCGAACUGAAAAAUAAAUUAGCUAGCGAACCGGUUUUAGCGAUUUAUUCACCGAGCGCAGAAACUCAAUUGCACUGCAAUGCAAGCGCGGGUGGAUUCGGCGCCAUGCUAAUACAAAAGCAACCUGAUGGAUUUUUCCGAUCGAUAUUUUAUUUCAGUAAGCAAACAACCUUAGUAGAGUCUAAAUAUCCGAGUUUCGAGUUGGAAUGUUUGGCGGUUAUAUACGCGAUCAAGCGAUUUCAUGUUUAUUUGUAUGACAUACAUUUCAAGGUUGUUACGGACUGCUAUAGUUUUCGUCUCGCAUUGGCUAAGAGGAGUAUUAAUCCACGUAUUUCACGUUGGGCCAUAUUCCUUCAGAGUUACGAUUAUGAAAUUGAACAUCGGCCGGGGGUUCGAAUGCUGCACGUUGAUGCAUUGAGUCGAUGCAGUGGCGUGCUUGUUCUAGAACCGAAUACUUUUGAGAGCGUUUUAUCUCUUCGGCAAAUGCGGGACGAAACAAUCAAAGAUUUACGCGAAAAAUUAGAAAGAAGCGAGCAAAGAGAUUAUGAAUUGCGUGAUGGGCUGGUAUAUAAAAAAUUGAAUAACGACAAACUGUUAUUUUACGUUCCAGAAAGUAUGGAAAGUAACAUAAUUAGAGUCAGUCACGACGAGUUGGGCCACUUAGGAACGGACAAAGUGAUCGAACACAUCGCCAAAUCGUUGGGAAAAGACUUUAAGCGCGGUAGAAUUCGUUUAAUUAAACAAUUCUGUGUGUUGUCGACCGGCGAAACUCCAAGUCGCUUACUAUUUGGAAUCGAUCAGUUAGGCGAAAUUAACGAUAAUUUGCGUCUUGAGUUGGAAUUGGAGGAAAAGCGAGAUUUGUCCGCGUUGCGUAACAGUGCCGCUGAAAAAUUGCAAAAAACCAGCGAGCAAAUGGAAAAAAAUUACAAUUCAAAACGUAAACCAGCAACCGAAUAUCAAGUUGGGGACUAUAUCAUGAUUUCGAAUCGUGAUACUACACCGGGCGUAAAUAAGAAAUUAAUUCCAAAAUUUAAGGGACCUUAUGUAGUAACAAAAGUUUUAGAUAACGAUCGCUACGUCAUAGAGGAUAUAGAAGGAUUUCAGGCACGCGUGCCGUUUACUGGAGUUGUUAGCCCCGACCAGAAGCCGUGGAUACGAUACUAA